AUGUCUAAGGUCCACGCUUCCGAUUUGCGGACGAAGCCUGAGGCUGAACUGCUGAAGCAGCUGACUGAACUAAAAACCGAACUUGCUAACCAGCGUCUGUUUAGGGUUACGCGGGGUGCAGCUUCCAAAUUAAGGAAAAUCCGAGUCCUCCGAAAGUCAAUUGCUCGUAUCUACACGGUUAUGAAUCAAUCGGCCAAGCUUCGCCAACGAGAGAUCUAUCGCAAGAAACGCUAUGUCCCUAAGGAUCUACGUCCCAAGAAAACGCGUGCAAUUCGCCGUCGCCUCUCCAAAAGCGAGCGUUCUGUUCGCUCUGAAAAGAUGCUCCGUAAGAUGCGUUCUUGCCCUCGACGGCAGUUCGCUGUCAUGGCCUAA